GCUCUCCAGACUCAAACACAAGACUUUAAAGACUCAUCCAGAGCUCUUUGAGUGAGACCGAGGCUGUUUUAUAGCAUCAGAACAUCAGACAGAGGAUGAAGAUGGCUUUCUUCAUGUGCAAGAUUCUGCUUUUACUCAUCAUCUGCAUGGCUCUGCAAGAAGUUUGCGGCCUCCCCUUAUCAGAGCCGUCAGAACUGCCAACUCAGACUGCAACCCCCCACCGCGUCAGGACCAAACGCUGCUCCUGCAGCAACUGGGAUGACAGAGAGUGCAUCUACUUCUGCCACCUGGAUAUUAUCUGGGUCAACACGCCAAGUAAACUCCUCCCAUAUGGCCUUGGAAGUCCCCGUCGCCGCCGUUCAGCUGACCGCUGUGAAUGCCUCAACCCAGCCGAUAAAACCUGCUCCAGCUUCUGCCAAACAAGCCCAGACUCAAGGACUGAUGUAAAAUCACGCAAAAACAGCAACAAACUCCUGGAGUCUUUAAGAGCUGUGGUCAAGUCUAACAUGGCGAUCGCAAAAAUAAUUCUGCCUUCGAAUGGCAACCUGAUCAACAGGUUGCCAAACAGAACAAGGAGGUAAAGGAAUGUGUAAGCAGGGAAAAUGCUAUGCUCAACCCUGAUGGAGUCAACCACUAUGGUUCGAAGACUCAUCCAGCUGUCGGGAUGCUGUGGUGGAAACUGGAAGGUGCCAGAUCAAGCGUUUGAUCAAGUGAAGAGGGCUUUAAAGGACUGGCAGCUCAAUGACACUUCAGCAAAAGCACAUUCAGAAAGAGAUGUUUGGAGUCAAAUGCUGAACUCUCUGAACUUUUAUGAGCUUAAACGCCAAAGAUGGAUCAUUGAAAGCCAAGGACAUUGGAUGGUGCAACCAAGUCGACAAAGACAAAUGGGUUCAUAAUAUGUGAUCCUUCUGGUUCCUCUUUCACCUCAUCUGACUGGACAUUUAUAAAUCCUCCCCACCUCCACCUAAGAGCUAAAGAUGACUACGUAUCCCAGAAUCCUACCAGCUUGGUCUCUGGUUGGGAAUUGUUUGUCUGACAUCGUUGACCUUCGGUCCAGUUUCAUGUUCCUCUGUAUCAGAGCUGGAAUCUAUUGUCCUGUUUAAUGUUUAGGGCAAAUACGCAAGUAGCUUUUUAAUUACCAGGCAGUACUUGAAAACGGCAGCUUGUUCCCUCUUGGCACACUUCGCUUCAGUGAAAUGAAGGUCAUCUAUUUGGUAUUUAUGUAACAAACAAUUAGCUUUAUACGUGGCCCAUUGUCAGCCCCCUAUAAUGCAUACUUUGUGCAAGCACAACUGCAGCAGCUCUAUUGUGUUGGCCUCAGUGUUUAUUGCAUAUGUCCUGUUUAAUGUUGUUAUUGAAGAUAAGCCAGAAGGUUUCAAUAAUGUGCAGCUUGCCAAAAAUGCGACAAUUGUUUUCUCCGUCUAACAAAUGUUCCCUUAAUGCCUCUGUAAUUAGCCUCGGGGGGUUUGACUCGUAACCUGUGCACUACAGAAGCUGUUUAUCCAUGUCUGGCACUUUUUCUCUGCCCUGUUGAUUGAUGUCAACUCAUGGAAACAUUUGAAGCCUUUUUGGGUAAUCAGAAAAUAUCUCAGUGCUGAUUUAUGAUGGAUCGUCACCAGAUAAGAAGUUUACUGUUAAAUGCUGAAUGAUACAAAUUAUUGUAAAGUAACAUUUAUUUAUUCUGUAACUUAUUCAGAGAUGUAUUUAUAUUUGUAUGAAUCUGGCACUGAACAGUGCAAAGUAAAUAAAAAUG